UCAAUCAAGCAGGCAGGUGAAUUCAGAUUUCUUUCAGGCACUUCAGUAAAUAUAUUCUCUGGGCACUUCGUGUUUUAGCUUUUGAAUAUUUUGGUUUCAAUAAUAAUAUACACAUUGGUUAAAUAGUAUAUUGUUUGUCUCUUGUGAUACCGUUGAUGCAUAAACAAAUGUUAAAUGCUGAGGGAAAUGUAAGGCCAAAAUGAUAGCCUAUGCAAGUCAGGCAGGUGUCAACGGUUAUAUGAUGAUGUAUUUGACAAAAUGGAAGCGUGUGGCUGUUCUUUUAUUAUUCAUAUGGAUUGUGGUCACAUAUCUAGUGAUAUCUCCGCUAAGAUGCGAGGGCACUUCGGAGGAAGUUGUGGAAUUCCAGGAGAGACUAAAGACUGUAUCAAUGCAACUGGAAUCUCUACAACAACAGCACAGCAAACUUAUAUCACAAGUCAAGAAAUCUCAAGGAUUAAAUCUCAAUGAAAUAGAGCCCGGAUCUCUUUUGGAUUCGUACGGCGGUCCGACGGAAGAAUACGAGAAUCUCAGAAGAAGGAUAUACUCUAACUCUAAAGAAAUAUGGUAUUUUAUAAACCAUGAGCUAACAAAGCUUAUGAAAGGGGAUCCCAAUUCGGAGAAGAUCCAAGCGAUUCUGGACCAAGUCGCGCACAGGAAAAGGUCCCUGCUGUCAGACCAGCAGAAACUUCAGGAGAUGGACGGCUACCUGGAGUGGAGACGCUCCGAGGCGGCAAACGUUAGCGAGCUGGUGCAGAGGAGGCUCAGAUAUCUGCAGAACCCAACUAACUGCAGAGACGCGAGGAAAGUUAUAUGUAACCUGAAUAAGGGUUGUGGCUUCGGUUGCCAGCUCCACCACAUCGUGUACUGUCUGAUCUUCGCGUACGCGAGUGAGAGAACGCUCAUCCUCAACUCGAAGGGCUGGAGGUACAACACCAAGGGGUGGGAGUACGUGUUCCAUCCCAUCUCCGACACCUGUACCACGGCGUACGAUGACAAGGUGGUGCAGUGGCCCGGGACAUACGACCCGAAGGUUGUGUCGUUACCGUUCAUCGACUCAAUAUCGAAGAAGCCAAAGUUCCUACCGCUUGCAGUACCCUCGGAUCUAGCACACCGGAUAGUCCGCUUCAACGGCGACCCGUCGUCGUGGUGGAUAGGCCAGAUCCUCAAGUACAUCCUGAAGCCGCGGCCUGCGAUGCAGAAGUCUAUCAACGAUACCAUCGCCAAGAUGAACUUCAAGAGGCCGAUAGUUGGUGUCCACAUCCGACGCACAGACAAGGUGGGCACAGAGGCUGCGUUCCACAGCAUAGACGAGUACAUGACCCACGUGAGAGACUAUUACGAUCAGCUCUCGUUGACACAGCCUGUUGAGGUCAGGAGGGUCUAUCUCGCUUCUGACGAUUCCAAUGUGUUGCAAGAGGCUCGCACGAAGUACAGCGACUACGAGUUCGUCGGUGACGCGGCCAUAUCCAAGACGGCCGCCACGCACCGCCGCUACACGCCGCUCUCGCUCACGGGGCUGCUGGUGGAUCUCACGCUGCUAUCCAGAAGUGAUCACCUCGUGUGCACCUUCAGUAGCCAGGUGGGUCGCGUGGCUUACGAGAUGAUGCAGGCCAACCGCGUGGACGCGUCCGAUAGCUUCGCGUCCCUCGACGACAUCUACUACUUCGGCGGUCAGAACGCGCACAACCGGCGGGCCAUCAUGGCGCACGCCGCCAGCCCGCACGAGAUAUCGUUCGAGAUCGGUGACUUGAUAGGUGUCGCUGGAAACCAUUGGAACGGAUUUGGGAGAGGAACCAAUAAGCGAACGAAUAUGAAUGGAUUAAUACCGUGGUAUAAGACGGCCGACCAUCUGGUGCUAUAUCCGUUCCCGGAGUACAAACACGUUCCGCCGUACGACGUGAAGUAAAACAAUCUAUUGACCUACAUAUAGGUCUCUAAGUCCGGUCGCGUGCUCAACUGUUGGUAGCAUUUAUAUUAAUGUACAAUCGGCUACAAAAGGUUAAUAUUAAAAAUUACACAAAUAGUAUUACAACACCAAUUAUAAAGAAAACAAUAGAAUAUUUAAACGUUUGGUGGUUUAUUAUGUACAAUUAAUUUCCAGCAAUGAAUAUGAAAAAUUUACUGUGCAAAAAAUGUAGCCAAUUUAUUAUUAUGAGUUUAUCAGUUGUACAUUCAUAAAGUUAUAUAAAUACUAUAUAAGUGUUAUAUAUUAAUGUUAUUCAAAACUUGGGUUGCUCCGAGUCAGAUAACAACUAUAUAUUUUUUAAUACUUAGGAAGAAUAUAACAGAAAUAAAAUCAAACCCAGUGUAGAAUCUCUAUUACUCCCUCAUAUUUUAUGUACCCAGCCAAAAGGAGUUUACAUUUCACCUCUGAAAGUGCCUUUUUGUGUUGAUGUGACAGUUGCUUGGAUAUCAUUGCCACCAUCUGGAUGUGUGGUGCUGCUCUACUUUUACUUUCUAAAAGGCCGGCAACGCUCCUGUGAUUCCUCCGAUGUUACAGGAAAAUGUGGGCGGCGGUGAUCAAACGGCAGGCAUUUAUUUUCUCAAAAUUGAUUCCUUUAGAAUUAUUUUUGAUGUCAUUUCUAAUAUACUAGAUACUACUACUGCUUCGGAAACAAAUGGCGCUCUGACAGAGAAGAAGCGGCGCAAGAAACUCCCAGCAUUCUUUUUUUGCGCUCGUUCAUCCUCUUCUCUAAAAAGAGACAAGUGGAAAUGUGUUAUUUAUUUCGAAAAAGAUGCUGGCGAGAAAGUUGUAUAUUUGUAAUGUAAUAGAGUAUAGAGGAGCACCAAGUCUUGUAUCAGUUACACACUCUAGUCGAAACUGAACUUUGACAGACAGCAAUAAGGUUGACUUAUUCUUGCGCGCGUUUUAUUUGCAAAGCUGAAUCUGGUGACCAAAAUUAUGAGAAUCAAUUUCUGAGAGAUUAAUACUGUCCAGUAAUAAAAUAUAUUGUAAAAACUACUCAGAAUACAGAAUAACGAUGAAAUGUAAUUUGGUUCUUCGCACGCCUCUGCAAGUCAGAACGACACACAUCGGCAUAAUUAUUAAAAAACUGAAAAAAGCAACUAGUUGUAAAAAGUUCGCGGGUCGGACAUAGUUAAUUGCCAAUUUAACGAACUGACUCAUGGAGCGCGUUGACCUUUUUAGGUUUGUUCUGCUUUUGAACUGUUUUUUUAAGAGCGCUUGAAGUUUUUUGUCCGGUUUGUAAAAAUGAUAUUAUCCAAAUGUUUUGAGUUUUCUUUAGUGUUAAUUCCGCCAAUAUUUGUCUUUAAACAAUUUGACACGUCUUUCGCCUCUACACGAGGCAUCCUCAGGAAGUGUUGACUCGCUAAGGACUGGCACGAGACUGAAUUAAAUGAGGAGGAAACCGCUGUUUUAAACCCUCGUCCCAUGAAAUGACGCUCUGUGAUUGGUCGGCUGUUGUGAUGUAUUACCCCCGGAAGAGAUACGUAAUAAGUUAUGUAUCUCUUCCGGGGGUCAUGUGUACAAUUGUUUUUAUACAAAUAUUGGUGGAAUUAACACUAAAGAAAACUCAAAACAUUUGGAUAAUUAAGGAUUUCCACAAAGUAACGCCUACUUCAAUAAAAAUGAUAUUAGCAAUUCAUUUGUUUAAAUGAUAAUAAUUUACAUUUUAAUUUUACUCGUAGAUGUAGUAUAAUAUCAGUAUGUCCCGGGGAGAAGUGCAAUUCCUUUGAAUGUAUUUAGUGCAGUCUUUGGAUUCGCCUCAUGCAUACAUAAUUACAACUUUGUUAUAUUCAAACAUUCUGUCCUUGGUGAGGAAUGUUGUAUGCUUAUUUUAUUUCAUUUUAUUUCGGUGCUUAAUUCACGUUCUCCGGUUGUUUAACUACUCUCAAAUAUAAAUAUCGCAUAGCUGUAAAAUUGUGUAGUCGUCAGAAGCCAGUCUUAAUUAUAAAAAAAUAAAUUUGUAACAAAAAUUUAUGAACGAUGCGGGACUCGAAGCCAACCGUUCGAGUACGCAUGCGUCGUAAAUUUCGCUAUAUCUUUUUGAACUCGCAGCUUGUUCCAGUCUUGUAUUGAAAUCAGUCUUGUUGGGUUACAGUGUAAUUUAUCACGAAUUAUAGGUAAAUAUAAUUAAAUAUAAUUAUGUAGUCGCAUAGUUUACAAGUUAUCACUUUUAAUGAUUGUGUUCGAAUUGUAUAUAUUUUAUCUUGAACCGUUGAUUCACGUAUGUUAAAACUGAUUUCAAAUUUAAAAGCAGUUGUGACUAUUUUUUUGGUCCGCUGCAUGACUUUGAUGGGGACACAUAAUUAUAAUGCGGAUAAUUUAAGUAAAUUUAGCACAAAAAUUGUACCGGUCUGCAUAAACUUACAUCACUUUGAAUGUUUGUGUAUUUUUAUGUAUGUGUAUAAGACAGCCGAUAUUAGGCUGUUAUGUCCGCUGUUUUUAUUAAAUUUAAUAUGCGUAUCAAAUCGAACAGUCAUACCCAUAAAAGUGCACCAAAAAGUGUUCAUUUGGUCUAUGCUUUGUCUUUCCAUAAAUAAAAAUCAUUUUUUUAUUGCAUAAAACAUAUAUUACUGUAUGUUUCUUUUUACAUCAGUACAAUAGCGUAAAGUAAAAAUCCAAUCAACCUCAGUUUUACGUAAACGAGUUCAAAUACCAUUCUUAAUCUCGAUUAAACACAAAGCGAUUUCACCAAUACCUUUUGGGCGUGUUGACGUUAACUGAGUUCACAUGUCAUAAUAUAACGUAUCAAAUACCUGUCAAAACUGUAAUCGAUAAGUAUGAACAAUUUUAAGUUGUUGAAUGUCAAUAUUUCUAUUUCGAUAACGACAAUGACGGGUCUUGAAAGCGAUCAAAUUAGUUGAACGUCCAAAAUUCGGCUGUCAGCAUUUAAACGCGUGUAGACUAUAACUGCGUUUAGUUUGUGUUUUUGCAAUCUGAAUUGAAGCUGUAAACUCGUUUAUUUACACCCAUGCUUUAAAUGCUCUAUAAAAGAUUCUAAAAUAGCUUAUUGCCAACAUUAAAAUACCCAAUGUUAUAAUAACUACUUUCGGUUACUAGGACUGGCUUUUUUAAUGUUAGCAGUAAGCUAAGUAACUGUUUCAGAAUCUUUAGACGAUUCAUAUUAUUGGUGUAGAUAAAGUCUUGUAUGCAACUGUUGAUAAUUAGGGAUUAAAACACUCAUCUGAUCACACCCACAUUCAUGUUUUAAUACCCCUUAUUACACAACAGUUGCAUAAAUAUCUGUUAAAGGCAUAAGCUUAGUUCAAAGUAUUCUAAUCGCGUUCCACUUCAGUGGUGAAAUCGAGGCUAAGAAGACGUAAGUCAUGUUUAAAAACACAUGACAUGGUUCUAGGUGUUAUUCAUUUCCCGAGCUUUGAUCGCCUUUUUAGUACUACGUGUACGGCCAGAUCUUUUCCUGUCACAAACAGAAGGUUUCAUUGUUCUUACCAAUAGCUCGGUAGUCAAACAUUCGAAUGAAAUGAAGAGUUUCAAAUGUUGCAUUUGGCUCCAUACCUACUCUAUAGUAAUGCCAUCACUGCAAAUCGGUUAUUGUUUUACUGUGAUGGCUACUCCUCUAAGUAUAUCGUUGUAUUUCUUGUUUUUUUUUUUUAAUGAAAUUAUUGUAACGGUAUUUCUAUCCAGUCUCAAUAUUAACGCUCUGAGUAUUCAGGAUUGAUCUGAUUUAAAACUUUUUCAGAUCUAUCAGAUUUACAACUUAUAAUUAAAACAUUGAAUUUUAAAUAUGUUUAUUGAAAACACUUCUGUGUUCGACUGUACUGAAACUGUGCAAUCACGUUCAAUGACAAACUUCUCUCAUUAUUAAAGAAUCAUUGAUUUUCUUUUCGAUUUAACUUUUUAUUGAAACUUAAUAAAGAGUAAAUAGUUAAUAUUCAGGAUAAGUAAUUCAAGUGAAAGUAAGAUUUUUGAAUGCUCAAUAUUCCUAGCCAGAAUUAAAAACCGUGGAUUCUGGAAAACAGACUCCUUUGAGUAUUUAGCUCUUAGAUAAUUUAUUCGUCUAGAUAGAGUCUCUUGCUGUUAGCCGAUGAAAACAGGCCAGGAAUGUUAGUUUAGUGUGCGUGACAAGGUACGUCUUACACUCGCGAUUUGUAUGAAACUUUGUGUUAAUUUGCGUGAAUUUAUCAGAAUAGAGGUUAGUUCUCCACUCAAUUUUUUUCGACGUUUUCAUAGCUGUCAUAGUCUAUCUAGACUUAUAAAUGAUCUAAGAUUUAGCUAUUCCUCAUACUUUAUGACCUGGCCAUGACCACACACUUGAGAAUUACAUAAUUUAUGGCUGGGCUUAGUUGGCCCAUACUAACGUAGAAGCGUUAAGCGUUUGGAAAUAAAGUGGAAUGAAAUGAAAAGAAACGAAAUUACUUAUUUUGCUAUGCAAUAGGGUAUUUCCAGAUCUUAAAUAUUAAAAUGUCUCCUUUAUACAAAAAAGCAUGCAAAAAUUUAAAUAUUCAUUAAUAAUGUAAAAAUUAUUUUCAAGCAGUCAUUUAUAGACUCUUUGUAUAAAUAUUUUAUUUAACAGUAUUUUCAAGUCCUCAGGCAAUUUGUGAUAUAAUUUUAUUGCCGAUUGCUGAUUGAUCAAUUGUAAGUAUUGAAUCUCUAAUAAUUAAUUUACACAUUCCAAACUCAAUAUUAUGCCGGGUCCAUACACAACAAACGACGCCGAAAGAUAGCUUAGAAAUAUGUACAAUAGUAAGGGAAUGACUGUGUGUGUAGUUUUCAGUGAAAAAACGUUCGCGGUUGUUCUUUAUAUAUGGACAAGAUUUUAUCUGAUUGAUUACUUUGAAGGUUAAAAUGCUUGUUGAUUAGUGUGUGUGUUGAUAUUCCUGUAGACGAAUUAUAUUGUUAUUGUUAGCAGGGGAAACGGAUAUUGUGUAAUAAUGCAUUAAUUAUACUUCUAUUUAGUUAAUUUUGUAUUGUUAUGUACAGCUUAUGUACGACUUUUUAAUUUAAUUGCAAAUAUGAGGGGCGUUGGUGGUUAUGGAUCUUGCUUGAAUUUCAAAAGGAUUAAAUAAAGGUGCACAUCAGGUUAAUGUGCGGGGAUAUGAAUCAGCCCAUAAUAAAACCUUAGCCAUGAUUCACCUAUGACGGUACUAACCGCGUUAAAUAAAACGCAGUUUAUCUUAAAUCACAGGUAUCAAGGGUACUCUUUCGUUAGAUUCGAUGCUAUUUCACCAAUGUAUUUUGAACGCAUUCACGAGAACCGAGCUUUAGUUACAAACAAUUAAUAGAAUGUGUCAAAUAGCUGUCAAGACUAGUCGGUAUUCGGUAUUACAAAAUAAAUUUCUUUUUUUAAAUUUCAGACUAUGACAGUUCGAAUAUCAUCGAAACAAGUUUAGCUAUAACGUUUCAUUAGCUAUUAUAAAAUUUAGUUUUCAAAGCAAAUUCAAGUUUUAAACUCGUCGACACAUGUAAACUAAGCUCAAAGUUAACUUAUCGCGUUCUUCUUCAAUGGUGAAAUCGGCCCUAAGACCUAAAGUGUAAGUUACAGCACUGUAAUUUUUAGGUACUUUUUUAAAUUGUAUUUCUUGUUUUUUGAAGUGAAAACUUCUUUAGCGGCGUUGAGCACUUUGGGAUGGGUAUAAAAUGUUAAACUCGCGUCAGGAGACGUGGACUGAUCGAAAAUUCAUAAGACAGACGACAGUGAUUUAUGGAUGAAAGAUUUAUAUAUCAUACCGUCAUUGGACCAGUGGUUGAAUCGUUGUGAUUGCGAAGCCGAAACACCGCGAGAUCGAGAGAUCGAAUCUCAGCCGUGAAAUAUUUUUAAAGCAUAAAAUAAUUUUAAUAGUUCUAAAGUGUUAAUUUUUUUACAAAAUAUAAAUUGUCAUUUUUGUGUACGAAAGUGCAAUAAAUGAGUAUUGUAUAUAACCACAUAAAUGCUAGUACUUUUAUACUGAUAAAUAAAGAAAUUCGUGCAAAAGUAUUCCCUCACUAUUCCAAAAUAUUCAACAAUGCACAACGUUAAUGUUCAAGAUUUCACUUCUGCCGGCACUCCCGAAGUGCAACCCGUAUUGUUAGUAAUUAAUUUUCGAUAGAUACUGUGUGACAAAUUCUCGUAAUCCGCCAUUUUUGGUCUACGCUGUUAAGCAUUUAAGCCAUGUUUGACAGAUGUCAAAUUGUAAUUUUAGUAAUUUAAAACAUGUUGCAUUGCUAGCAAAAAUAUGUGCUAAAUUCUGGGUUGCAUCAUAUUAGCUGUUAUAGUUAAUGUUCAAGUCAUAUUUAACGUUAACAGUAACGUUGACUUUAACAUAGUUAAAGAUAAAAAGAGAAAUAUCAAGUCAAUGUCGAAAAUUCAUUUGAAACUUUUGACAGGUCGCUUUUAACUAUUUAACAUCAACAAAAGCUUUAACCGGCGAAAAUUUGACGGUUACGGUUAACAGUUAAAGUUAUGCCGUCAUCGAAAAACAUUCAAAUGGUGCAACUCAUUUUUUGCUUGGCCGGUACUUUUAAAAUGUUUGUUACUGCUAAAGUAAGUUUGGUGCAACCUAGCCUAAGAGUCACAAUUAGCUUAAAUUGUUUAUUAUAUAUUAUAAUAUUUCCAUGUAUUAAUAUUGUGUGCUCAAAGAUCUGCAUUUUGAGAUUUCGUGUUAUUAUAUUUAAUUAAUUUCAUUAAGUAUAAAAAAUUUAAGGUGUUUUUGAAUCAAUUAAGUAAAAAAAAAAAUAUUUGUCUAUAACACACAUCCGUAAUGUUAUUUAUUAAAUCGAGUAUGUUCCGAGUGAUAGAAUAUAUUCUGUGCGACGCUCACAACAAGGCAUUUUUUAUUAAGUUCGAUAAUAGCAAAUAAUUUUGGAUUAUGUUUUGGAGUAUGUUCCAAGGUCCUUGAACCAUUACUGAGGGGGCGUGCAUAUCAUAUUGGCAAUUAGACAGUGCCUACCUCGUUACGUAAGUAAGCAGCGGUUCAUACAACAUGUAUCGUACUGUCGGACUAAAGCACGACUUUGCUAGAAAACCAAUGCACGUCCCCUGUCCUUUACCACCACUAAAAAGAGUUUUUAUAAAAAUUUCAUUCACCCCAAGCUGCAAUGAUUUAUAGAUUAAUAAAGAAAUGCUCCUGUCAUUUCCUCAUGGUUAUUUAAUCUGUGUUCAGUGUGCAAUCAGCUCUACUUAAUUAUAUGAAUGUGUAUUCGGCCUUAUAUAGCAGUAUAUAGACGUAAUGAACGACUCGAAUUUGUAACAUGUAAGUGUAACGCAAUAUGGACCUAACUGUGUGUAUAUAUCUAGUUAUGUAUUGUAGUAUAAUGUAUAUAAAAGAAUAAUAUAUAAGUAUUUUAAAAUUU